AUGAGGAGGGGCUCGGAGGGCAGCGGGGAGGGCGAGGGGCUCUCGAGCCUGCGGGCCUUCGCCCACAGCUCCUCGCUGCACGGCAUCAGCCACGUCUUCGCCUACGGGGCCGUGUCCCUGCGCCGCGUGCUCUGGGGCGGCUUUUUCCUGGGCUCGCUGGGGCUGCUGCUGCUCGUGUGCGCCGAGCGCGUCGCCUACUUCCUCACCUACCCGCACGUCACCAAGCUGGACGAGGUGGCUGCCCGCAACCUCACCUUCCCGGCCAUCACCAUCUGCAACCUCAACGAGUUCCGCUUCUCCAAAAUCACCCGCAACGACAUGUACCACGUGGGCGAGCUGCUGGCGCUGCUCAACGAGCGCUACGAGAUCAGCAACCCGCAGCUGGCUGAGCCCCACGUCCUGGCCGCGCUGCGCGACAAGGCCAACUUCAAGAACUUCAAGGCGAAGCCCUUCAGCAUGGCCGAGUUCUACAACCGCACGGGCCACGACCUGGCUGACAUGCUGCUGCAGUGCUCCUUCCGUGGCACCGGCUGCACUGCCCGCAACUUCACCGUGAUCUUCACACGCCUGGGGAAGUGCUACACGUUCAACCCGGGGGGGCCAGGGCGCGAGGUGCUGACCACGCUGCAGGGUGGCUCCGGCAACGGCCUCGAGCUCAUGCUCAAUGUGCAGCAGGAGGAGUACCUGCCCGUCUGGGGGGACACAGAUGAGACCUCGUUUGAGGUGGGGGUGAAGGUGCAGAUCCACAGCCAGGACGAGCCGCCCUUCAUUGACCAGUUGGGCUUCGGUGUCGCCCCCGGCUUCCAGACGUUUGUGUCCUGCCAGCAGCAGCGGCUGGUGUACCUGCCGCCGCCGUGGGGGGACUGCAAGGCCACCCCCAUCGAGUCCGACUUCUUCACCAACUACAGCCUGACCGCGUGCCGCCUGGACUGCGAGACGCGCUACCUGGCCGAGAACUGCAACUGCCGCAUGGUGCACAUGCCGGGCAAUGCCAACGUCUGCACCCCCGAGCAGUACAAGGAGUGUGCCGACCCCGCGCUGGACUUCCUGGUGACGAAGGACAGCGAGUACUGCGCGUGCCGCACGCCCUGCGCCAUGGUGCGCUACGGCAAAGAGCUCUCCAUGGUCAAGAUCCCAAGCAAGGCCUCGGCCAAGUACUUGGCCAAGAAGUUCAACAAGACAGAGCAGUACAUUGCGGACAAUGUGCUGGUCCUGGACAUCUUCUUCGAGGCACUUAACUACGAGAUGAUCGAGCAGAAGAAGGCGUACGAGGUGGCGGGGCUGCUGGGUGACAUCGGGGGGCAGAUGGGGCUCUUCAUCGGUGCCAGCCUCCUCACCAUCCUGGAGAUCUUUGAUUACCUGUAUGAGGUGUUCCGGGACAAACUCCUCAGCCUGUACAAAGAGAAGAAGCGGAGCCCCCGGAGCGAUGGCGGCACCCUGGAGCACCCGGCGGUCCCGGGCAGCCCCACGGCCCCACGCCCACCCAGAGCACCUGGCCCCCCCUGCCCGGCCCCACGCCCCGUCUCGGCAUCACCCCGAACCUGCUACCUCGUCACCCGGCUCUAG